AUGGACGCUCACGAACAGCAACCUCCGGUCUCCGAACCUCUACGGUCGACGACCCCGAUCCCUAUCGCGAAGCUUGCACCGGCGCUCGAGAAUCUCUCGGACAGCUCCAUUCACGCCGUAGUGACCUUGCUAUGGCCCUACUCAUCAUCAACCCGUUCUCUCAGCCUCCUGCUAGCGGAGCCGGACUUUCGCCUUCGACGCACGAAUGGACAGGUUAAGGUGGUUUUCCAUGGGCUGGUCGCAGAAGAAGUAGCCAAAUCGCACGUCGGAAUUGGCGAUACUGUCUUCAUUAGGCUGGCGGGAUCGAGAUUUGUGGACAAUGAGGUGUCUAAACAAACGCCGGGAAGAUGCAUCGCGUGGGACAUUAACUUUGAUGAUAGCGUUUCUAUUGAGUUACAGUCCAGUGCUCACCAAUGUCAGAUCUGGCGUUCUUCCCAACAUCUCUCCACCGUGCAAGUAGACCGCCCAUCACCCCCGCCGCCCACUAUCGACAAUGCGAUUGAAGAGGCACCCUCUACCCCUCCUGCCAACGGAUACCCUCGCCUAGAUGGAACGAGUCAGAACGCUAGUCUACAAUCGUGGCAGUCACCGGCCUUUGUCGAACGAUCGCGCACAUCGCUGGGGCAUCUUUCGAGCUCCAUAUUCGACCCAUUUGCAGAAGAGGAUGGCUUCGUGCCGGGGAAAGGAAGGAAGCGACCAAGGUUUAGCAUGCGGGGCAGCGAUUGGCGUCUCGUCGAUGAACCUGCGAGCCCUGAAGAUAUCGAUAUCCCGGGAGAUUGGACGGCUAUGUUCGACGACGAGGCAUGGCUGAGAGCUGAGAUCGGCGAGGAUGAUGUUGCGGAGGAUGCGAAGCAAUCCCCAAGGCCGUCUGAGACUCGCGACGUUGUACCAGUGCCGGAGGGGCCGUCUGAUGGCGCGCAAGCUGAAAGUACCGCUGCCGAAUCAGAACAAGUGGCGCCCGAGUUCAGUGCAGAGAAGAAAUUGGACGAUUCACGAUCCGAUGCGGAGUUUCUUGUGCCCGGCAUUGUGUCGAGGGCCGAGGCUCCAAGCCUGCGAAAGCACGGCAUUCCCAAUUUCGCUGGUCAUCUCCCAAUAGACACUCCGCGCCUUCACCCUAUACCUUCACCCGGCCUUCCGAUUCCUUCACCUUUGGUUAGCACUUCAAACAGCCCCUUUGGAUAUUUCGGAUCCGUGUCAACUACUGGCCAAACUCAGUCUACUCCGCCGACAACUAUCAACCAGGAGGCCGUCGAUUUGGCCCUUGAGGCUAUCUCGGAAACGCCACCAGACCCUACCAUCAGGAAUCUUGAUGAGCAUGCAACAACAACGGCUGAUGUGGACUCUGAGACUGGAUUUGCCCAUGCUGUACCCUUACACCAAUCGGUCACCGCAAGAGCGCAAGAAUCAAAGCCUAUGCAUGCUCAAGAUACUACGUCGUCUGUGCCUCUUGUAGAAACAGCUACUCCGCAUGCAGCCUACACUUUAGGUUUUGAAGGUGGAGAUACUGAAGGAGCAAUGCCACAGGAAGAAGAAUGGGCCGAGGUAGAAGAGGAUGAGGAAAGGGCUGAAGCGCAUGGGCAAUUGGAAGCACGGGCCGAUUCCAGCAUGGUUCCGGAAGAGAGAAGAUUCUAUCACAGCGUGAUGGAAACGAAACAGCACGACUUAGAAGGCGAAGAUCACGAAUAUGAAAGCGCUAGUCAAAGCUCAGUCAUCGAGGACGCUCGCUCAGAGGUCUUGAGCGAAGAAUACGUUUCCGAAGUAGAUGAGCAACCGGACUCUAGAGCAAGACAUGACAUCGAACUCAUCUCCGAAAGUGAGGCAGAAUCACCGGCGAAAGCCCAUGAUUCCGCCAGGAGAGAAUAUGGAUAUUACGCCGAAGAGGACGAGGAAGAACUUGAUGAGGAGGAUGAUAUUUCAGACGAGGAGGCUGAAUCCGAGGGACUAGAGAAUGAUUAUGAUGAGGACGGGUAUGACGAUCGUGUCGACUCUGAACUCGAGUCACAGGGAGAUGAGCUGGAGGCCGAAUCGCCUCAUCCCAUCAAGAAGGCAGAACCAGAGGUUAUCGUGCUCGACAGCGAUAGCGACGAGGAGCCUUCACCGAGCGUGCAAAGGCAGCCCGCUGCAGCACCAGCAGCUACACAUACUCGCGAACCCGACGUAUCGCCGUCUGCGGAUGAAGCAUCCAGCUAUGGCACAUCAGAGUCAGGCGAUUACGAAGAAUAUGAGAGCGAAGAGGUUGAUGACGCGGAGGCGGAGGACUACAGUGAUGAAGACGGCGAAGAGGCUGGCGAUUGGUCUGUGCGAGACAAUCAAGAAGCCCAGGAGCGAGAGGUCGAGCCGGUCGAGGUCAACUUGAUUCGCCAGAGCCGCGAAACCGAGCGGGAUGGAGAAUUGCAUUCCGACAACCAGGUGCAGGUGGCUCAUGAAGCAACCAUGGAGGCGCACAGUGAGGACGAGGCAGUCAACGUGGAGCAGGCAGAGCAGGGCCAAGAGAGCGAAGGAGAUGUGAAUAUGGACGACGACCAGCGGGAUGCCGAAGAUACUGAUAUCAAGGAGACGGAAGCCGAAGCGGUCCAGGAUGAAGAGAUGCACGACCUACAAACCCACGAUUAUCAGGUUACCGAUGAACAAGCCCGCGAUGAACACGACGAGAAGGCUCACUACGAGCCUGCUCUUGAACGAGAGAUGGGACAGGAACAUGUCGAGGAGCCAGCUGAUACUAGAGGGUCAGAGGCGGUGCACAUAGAAGAUGAGGCAACAGAAGAGCAGGAUCAUCUUCCAGAAGGUUAUGAAGAUUCAAGCCUAAUCGAAUCCACGGAGGGCGCUGUUCUUAGGGCCCCAUCCGAAGGCGCCAAGCAAAGCAUUGAUAUCGACGAACACCCUGAUUCCCACAUCUACCAUGAGGACUUGCGGACAACAGAAGUCUUAUCACACGAGGCACAUCCUGGGCAGGUCGUAUAUGCUCAAGAAAACAUCCAUAUCACUCAACAUGAUGUGACUAGUACCGAACCCAUUCUACAGUAUCCUGAACCUCCAAUCGAUCCCGAGCUUUUCAACGCGGGCACUUUCCCGGCAGAAAUUAGUAGCGGACAACAUGGCGGGGAUACAUCCCACGAGCAGCUACAGGAUGGCGAGGGCGCAGAUCUGCCAGAACAAGCUCAGCACAUUGAUCCUAGCUUGUCGCUAGAUGGUGCCUCUCAAAGCUUGAGUCUGCCCGACUCGGCUGCCCAUGUUCCCAAGAUGCCAAUCCUCCCACAAAAUCAGCUGGUGACGCCAGAGUCAUCUCAGAUAAAUGGAGUGGACAUUCCUUCUGUCCCUGUCCUACCGGUGGGUGCAGCACCGCCAACUCCUGAGCCUACUCAGGAAAGGUCAGAUUUCCAGCCGGAAGACGAACCACAACCGACCGUCGAGGUAGUUACAGAAACAACAACGACGGUGGAGACGGACAAUCUUCCACCAGACGAAGACGCCAAGUCUGAAGCGAGAUCCAUCUCUACCGCACCCGAAGAACAGGCAAUAGCCGAUGACGACGACAAAGGAGCCCACACAACCCACAGCGAAGACGAAGUCCUACUUGUUGGCCAUGACCGCAAACACCUUGUCAACCUCAACCGCAACUAUCCAGGCCUACGCAGCAAAUUCUCCUACUUCGCACCCCUCGCCACCCUCAUCGACCACUACAACGCACUGACAGACACCAUCUCAAUCGUAUCCGAAACCCGGCCCGCCAUCCGAGCCACAACAGGCAGAAAGGACUACAUACUGACCUUCGGUGUGACCGAUCCCUCCCUAGCCGGCACAAUACUGUACGCGCAGAUCUUCCGACCCUACAAAACCGCCCUGCCAAACGUAGAGGAAGGCGACGCAAUCCUCCUCCGAAACUUCAAAGUCAAGAGCUUCAAACACUCCAUGACCCUGUCCAGCGUCGACAGCAGCGCCUGGGCCGUCUUUAACGGCCCCAACGAAGCCCAAAUCGACGGCCCACCCGUCGAAUACGGCGCGGAGGAGCAAACCUACGCUACUGAUUUGCGCCAAUGGUAUCACGAAGACGGCAUGGCCAUGGUAGCCGAUUACCAAUUACAAGCCUCGAUUGAGCAGGAAAGUCGCGAGGCUACUCCCUACAGUACCGGUGGAUUCAGCGAUUCAGGGAGCGUGAAUAACGUAGAUGGGCGCGCGGACUCCUCCUUCUCGUCGAGUCGGGGCUCCGGCUCCGGCUCCCGGAGGAGGAAGUCUCAUCGUCGGAUCACCAUCCAUGAGUUGCGCGAUGGGAGGAGAUAUGCGGAGGUGGGGUCGCCGAGUAGUAAGGAGGAUAUACAUGAGUUGAGGGAUGGGACGGUGUAUGCGAAUUUUUAA